AUGGCUUUUGCUCAAACCGAUAAUCUUUUGAGCCCUUACAGAAAGUUUCUCGUUGAACUUUCAUCGUACAUUUCAGGUAACGAUUUGGAGACCUUGAAAUUUGCUGUUGUAGAUUUAAUUCCACGCAGGAAAACGGAGGACGCCAGCAGUGGAUUGAAGUUAUUUGAUAUAUUGGAACAAGAUUUAAGAAUAUCACCGGGAAAUCUGUCUCUUUUGGAAGAUCUCUUCAAAACAAUUGGUAGGAUGGAUCUUGCUUUGAAAGUGCAAUAUUUUUCAAAAUCGACUUUGGCCGAUAACUCCCGCAAUAACAUAAAUGGUAAGUUGAAUAUUUUGACGAUGUUUUGGUGUUUAAUCCGGAAGCACAUCGCAUAUCGUGAUAUUAAGAAAACGAGCCACCACGCUUAAGUUGUGUUCAGUGGACGUAAAAGAACACUGAAGUACAGUUGACUCCCGAUAACUCGAACUAGGGAAAUCAAAAAAAGUACGAGUUAUCGGGAGUUUGAGUUACCGAGAGUUUGAAGCAAAUAACCGGAAAUAAGAAAAUAAGCAAAUGCAUGGAGAGGGAAUGCAAUUAAACAAAAAACUAUACAGGAAUGGACACUGGAUUUGAACUGGAGUGACAAAAAAAUAAAUACAAAGAAUUGACACGGUUGCUUUGAAAUAAAUUCAAUGUCUUGGACUUCAGUACACGGGUUUUUUUUUUCCUAACUAAUGUCACGCGCUUUAUAACAUGGCUCGAGUUAUCGAAGGUAAAAUUAUAUAGAAAUGAUCUGAAGGGGAACAAAAAUUACUUCGAGUUAGCGGGAGGGUCGAGUUAUCGAGGGUAAAAUUUCAGUAAAUGUACGAAGGCUGAAUCCGGGAAAUCGACUUUGGUUCGAGUUAGCGCAAGGUUUGAGUUAGCGAGGGUUCGAGUUAUCGCGUGUCAACUGUAAAAUGAUGUUGCAAUGUUGGAACUAUGUUGUCACCUUUCGAAACAAUAUCACAACCAAUGUUGCAACGCUGAGUUUCGCUAAAAAUCCUCGUUGUGAGCAUCACCUUUAAAUGUCAAACGCUUGGCAUGGAAAUCAGGGGCACCCAACGAGAAUAUAGUUCAAAACCACUAAAACAUAGCAUUGCUAAACGUAUUUUGGUAUUUAAACGGUAGAUAUAGGCAUAUUUUUAUCCCCUAAAAAUUUUUCAUCUGUUCGGAUUUCCUAGCUGAAAGUCUAGUGAUCCGAAAAUUACAGGGAUCAAAACUUACCUUUUGGAAAAUUUCAGCCAGAAAAAAGGCUCCCGAAAAUUUUAGGUGACCUUUUUAGGGUAAAAAUCCGUUAAAUAUAGGCAGUUAUACCAUAUUGUAGAUGUUCGAAAAUCCUAGGAGAAGCAGGCAAGCAAGAAAUUUUACAACAAAUGUUCCGAAAAUUCUAGAUCUCAAAUCGUGUUCCGAACAGAUAUUUUUCCGAAAAUUGUCGUUGGGUGCCCCUGGGAAAUGAGGCUGUGUAUUUUAAAAUUUUGGUAAGCAUGGCUCAGAUGUUCGCAUAUUAUCAGGAUGUGAGAAUAUUAAAUACUUACUAACCAAAAAAGCAAUAACCAAAGGUUACAAAGUGCAGGCGACAACGACCGAAAGGCAAAAUGCUUUUGAUCCAAUGCCGCGUGUGCUUUGUGUUGCGUAACUUUCAUGUGAUAGAUGGUUAACAACUUGUGUCACUUGUCAAGGUUUAAAACACUAAAGCAUUCUUAUUUAAAAUGGUAGUUGAGGAAUAUCUUGAUUUCCUGACAAUGUUUUUCGCAUCCAUAGACCUUAAAAUGUCACAGGCAGAUCAGGUUCGUUGAAAGUGUUUGGAAGAUUUGCAACUAAAAGUUCCCUGUGAUUGAUAGCGGUGUACCCAUGAUGCCUUAGUAAUGAGGUAGUUCUUGUAUUAGAUCAGCUCUUGCUGGAGUACAGAACUUCGUGUUGUUAUCACACAGCUAUUGUGCUUCAGUACUUACAAUCACACAUAUAAUGUUUAUUGGGGCAAGUAGGACUGUGAAGAUUGAGAGUGACAAUAAAACUUUCUUUUUACCCCCCUGUCAUUUGCAGGCCAUAUAGGUUUAUAUAUUCAAAAUGAUGCUGACGUUACAGAAUGAGAUAUAAUUGGUUAUUCAGUGGAAGAAAGAGACAAUCUUCCCAUGGAUGAAAUAAUUAUGUGUACCAUUCAGCAUUGCUUUGUAAAUGUCUCUGUAAGCCAGUUGUUACUCUCAAACUCAGAAAACAGUGAACAUGCCGCAACAAAUUUCAGGACUAUUGAUUGUGUAGUGACCAAUCACAUUUAAGUUCAGGACAUGCAAGCAAACCUCAAAACCACAAACUAAUUACGGUUUCAGCUGUUUGCAGUUUAGUUUUUUCUCAUGACUUAUUGGCUUUUUCCUCACAAGUGAACACAAUAAUUUUCCAUUACUAUUAGAAUUUCAACCUUUCACAAUGACAGUGCCUGCUUAGGAGUACAGUCAACUGUCUCUGAGACGGACACCUUUGGGACCGGUAUUAAGUGUCCGUCUUAGGGAGAUGUCAGGCCAUCUUCUAGUAUAGAGUCAAGUCAAACAAAGGGAGUAAAUAAAGAUUAAGGGAGAAACUCUAGGUGUCUGUUUUACAGAGGUGUCCAUCUUAUAGAGGUGUCCAUUAAGAGAGAGUCCACUGUAUACAGGAUACAGGUUGUGGCUUCAGUAGGAAAAAUGACCUUACAAAUUAAUUCAGGGCUAUUGAGAACUGUAAAGAAAUUAAGAUACGGAGAUGGCGAUUACUAUUCAUCUACUAGUGAGGACUGAAAUCUGCAGAAUGUCUUCUUUGCACUACCCUAUUCCUAUUACACACAUCUUAACCCCUAGGUACCCCCCCCAGUCCCUUGACACUCACAAAUCCACUCAGCCCCAGUCAUUGUCUUCUUAAUAAACAUAAAUUGCUGGUUGAUCAUGGAAUGGGUGGAUUUAGGGGUGCGCCAAGAGGACUGCACUGCUCCCUCCCUCAUUUUCUUAGAAGUUUUCAAUUGUAUUAGUUUUAAAGAAUUUUCAGUAAAAUAAAUAGUAACUAUUUUGCUGGCUAAAACAUUCUGGCUACCCUUUCCCCCCCCCCCCCUGCUUCAUGAAUUUUCUGGAUCAGCCCCUGUAUGCUGAUUCACCUAACUAUAGUUGUAUUGUCAAACAAUAUAUUUUCUCUAUUAUAUAAGGUACAGAGUUUGAAAAUCUGGUCACUGAUGGGGGUGGUGAUGAGGCACCCAAAUGCCAAACAGCAAAGUGUGUGGCGAAAAGUGAGUAUACAGUCUCAGGCCUAGUUCUGUUUUUAAUUGUUAAUGGAUUUUGUCUUUUUUGCAUAUUGAGUUUCCUUCCCUACUCACAGGAAAAAAUAACGGAUUCCCAUUUUUGGAUAUUUUAGGGUAUUUAAAGAAUACCCAUAAAAAUCCCCAAUUUGGCAAAGUGAGACAAGUCCCAACCAGGGAAUUCCCAACCAAGUUCCCUUAUUGGGACUUGUCCCACACUUCCAAAUUUGGGAUUUUUGUGGGUAUUCUUUAAAUACCCUAAAAUAUCCAAAAAUGGGAAUCCGUUAUUUUUUCCUGUGACUAAAACUGAAAUCUGGAGAAUUUGCCUUUUACAAAGAUUACCCCCUCUUCCCAUCAACUUACCCCUUAUCCACCCUACCCUCCCCAGCUAGAUAGCCCACCUGACCUUCAAGGUCGUGACACCAGGAGCAUCUGCUGACACCCCACCAGUCCCUAACCGUUUUUAAUUUGAACUUUAUUUAUUAGUUGAUCCGUCACUACCUCCCCUUCAACUAGUGAAUUCCACACCCUUCCAUUUACUUGAGGCCUGAAAAUGUACCCCUUUCGGGCGGAGCCUCCCCGUAUAGGCCAUUAUAGGAAGUACCCAUGAGGGUCAGUCGGGUCACUAUGGUAGUUGCAUGAAGCUAGGGUGAUGAAAACCUCUGCUAUUUUCGCCGGGUAUGAUAUGGUUUUAAUUAUAUGGUCAUCCUCAUUAUUUAUAUCUAGGUGUAGAUUUUGAAGAUGUGGUCACUGACGGGGUUGGUGAUGAAUCAGAGAGUGAUCCUAAAGACCGAAUGGCAGAUUGUGUAGACAGAAGUAAGUAUACAAAUUCAGGCGGGCCCCGUUGCCGCCUUUGCGUUAUUUUGCUUUUGCGUAUCGGCCUUCCCUCGCCAUGUACCCAAGGAUAAAGGUAACCGAAAGUACAACGUUUUGAAAGCUUACUCCAGAGUGGAUAUGUCUGAUAACACCAUUUACCUGUUCACGUUUACUGAGAGAGCAACGACGUCAAUUUUCGAAAACGAUGACGUCAAGGAUCUAGUGGGUGAAAAUAACACUGAACUGCUCCUUGCACUUGUGCCACGGACCUCUGGCAUAUCUUAAGUUUAAUUCUUUCGUUUUAGCAGUUAACAGAUCAAGGAAAUCUAAGGUGCCAUGCAUUUUCAUUAUUCUUUUAAUGUAAGACAUAUAAGUAUUUUACACGUAUAUCUCAAAGCCAAAACUUCUUUUAAUUUCUAAAAAUGAUUUGUUUCUCUAUUGACUGAAAGAUAACGCAGUAGCUUCUACGGCCGUCUCAGUAGCAAUUCAGGGCAUGUUGUUCACUGCCCCGCCGGCACAAACCUUUAGAGGAAUUGAAGGAGUUCAGGUCACACCAGCAAUACCAGUUACACAGAAAUCUUCUACUGAGAAAAGUGAAGGUAAGACAAAAAACUUGAUAUUUGAGAAUUUCCAAGUAUCAAAUGAACUAUUAUUUGUAGCCUGUUUUUCUGGAGGGAUUGUUAUGCCUGGGGUAUUUUCUUGGCAGCCGAGACGAUUUUACCCCAGCGCUAUCCCGCAGACACGCAGGGUAGAACUUUACAGAGCUUUAAUAAGGUUAUGAAAUUUUGAUCAUACCCCAUGCCUUUAAUACUUGGCUUGUUGCUUUGCUGAAAAAAGUACUUUUUGAUGGUUUAGCUUCAUCGUAAACGUCUUCCUAGUAAGCUUUUUCUCCGUUCUCAUUACAGCGCGCAGCUUGAGAUCAGGAAGGUUGGUUUUAAGGAAAUACCUAAUUCCUCUACAUAGUUUUGGGUCGACAUUAGGAUGAGCUGAAUACAUUUAUCACUACUGCUAGAAUUAAAGUUAUUAUGAUGAUGGCGGUAGUGAACAUUGUGACAUUAAGGCCAUUUAUACGAGGAAAAAUAAGACGCGUCUUCAAUAAGACGCGAACUUUCCGUAUAAAUGGCGCAUUUCGUCUAAAAUAAGACGCGGCUUAGCAAAGACGCGUCUUAUUUUAGAACAGCCCUUAACACCUGUUCUUAGAUAAGACGCGCCUUAGCUGAGACGAGAAAAACUUCGUAUAAAUGACCUUCGCUUCUUACAUAAAACGCGAACGCAUAGUACGCAUGCGUUAAUUUUUGGCGCGCCACGUUGGAUUGCCGUUGCUACGGGCAACAUACACAUGAAAACGAGUCAAGAACAGAAAUAAGACGCGAACCAUUCAUACGAGCUGUUCUCGUCUUAGAUAAGACAUGCUCGUAUAAAUGGUCCAGUUCGCGUCUUAUUUAAGACGCGUCUGAUGUAAGACGCGUCUUAUUUUUCCUCGUAUAAAUGGCCCUAUUAUGUCAUUUUCAUCUCUGAAGAUAGUAGUAUUAACCAAAACGAAAAAUGUAGCGUCGUAAAUAACAUUGUUCGCUUUCAUCGAUUAUCCUUGACUUGUUUUCUUGCUUCACUCACAUCAGGUGAAUUAAUAUCCGUUUCCAUAAAGUUAUGUUGUAUAUUAUAUUGUUGCAUUUCUGACCAUUUGAAAGGAAGGGCGUUGGACAUUGCUUGAAUUGCAAGCUAAAUUUAGAAUUGUAGCUGAAGAGCUAACGAUAUCCCCCUUUUUCUAUUCCAGGCUCCUCCUUUGCUGCGUCUACUUCCAAGAGUUCAGCUCCUGCGCCUGCUCUUACGCCUGCUUCUGCCCCUGCUGGCCCUGGCCCUGCCCCUGUCCCUGUCCCUGCCCCUUCUGUUACAUCAGAUGCGUCAGCACAGGCAGGGCAAGGUCGCCUUCAACAUGAUUCCAUUGUUGGACCACCACCUAGGCGAUAUGUCAAUUAUCUGGCGUACCAAUUGGUGGGAUACCAGAUACAUGUAAAAAAAAUGCCAUUGGUGGAAAGCAAAGCUGGCCGCUAUAGUACUAACUAUUGAGAUUUACAUACCCGACACGACAAAUCCGAUAGUGCGACUCUAUCCCACUCUCAGUUUAGAGAUCGGAGCGGCCCAAAUUCGCUCCGUUACAGAAAUCGCGCCAAAAUCACCGUUCUUAUGUGUGAAUAGAAACACGAUCCGGUAUCGGUUUCGUUUCGGUGCAAGAGCUAGCUAUCCGGUAUAGAUGAACACAGCCUUAGGUUCACUAGGUUGCCAAAGUCAACCGUCGCAAAAUAAAAAGGCCAUUAAUAUUUUGAGGCUCUUGAUAUAUUCUACUCACAGCUGAUAUUUACAAGGAAGGAGAGAUACAGCAGAAACACUGUCGCAUUUCGGAAGAGUUUUUAGAUUGAAUGAAAGAAGUUUGACGGUUAAGCUUCGUCGAUACUUGGUCCGCGCGAUAAAGACCACAUCUACGGAUAUUUUUUUUAUGGUUAACUUUAUGCUCGAUCUCGUCCUUUGCAAAGGUUGCAACUUAGACGUAUCCAUAGAUGGCUAUGACGUUGGAGGCUGGGUCGUAUAUGGAGGACAGGAGUUAACGAUAGAACGACCAGCUUACGAGGCUAAGAAGUUCACUUUCUAUCGCGUAAAAACCGCACCCAAAAAGCUGGUAUUGAAUCUGGCCGGGAUGAAAAUGGUCUUGUAA